AUGAUGGAUGAUAAGCGACCGUUUCGUCCAGCAGCACGAGACGUAAUUAUCCAACAAGCACCCUCCUAUCAAUCCACUCAGCCCAGGAUCCUUAUACAAGAGACAAGCGCACAACCGUUGGCAGCACCUGCAUUAUUUCUUCAGCCACAACCACCCGUCGCUGCUCUGCCAGCUGUUGCUGUCUCAUCUACUGCUCCGAUGAUGGCGACUCCAGCAGUCGUAACAGGACCAGCACAACUCCCUGUUGGUCCCUUCCCAGUUGCAACGCAUCCAGUUCCCAUGGCACCGAUCAUGCCUUCUGCUCCUAUCCAGGCCCCACCAGCUCUUCCUCCUCAAUCACCACCAAUACCAUCGUACAAUGUGCCUCAAAUGAUCAACGCGUUGCCUCCACCUACGGCAGAGAUCCACCCUGCUCCCCCAGGACCCGCUCCGUCUGAUUACCAAAUGCAAGCCUACCAGCCAAAGACCUAUCUCAGCAGUGCUCCUAAUGCCAAGAGACUGCGACUGUAG